GGUUUCUUGGUCUCUUUCCUUCAACCAUGAAAAUUUUCUAUCUCCUCUGAGAAAUUCCAUCCCUUUCUAUCAUGGCAAACCAGGUCCAUGCCGCCCAGGAUGCGCCGGGAAUCAAGCUGUUUGGGGCAACGAUUGCGUUGCAUGGGGGAGAGGUAAAGGAGGAAGCGAAUAACAAAGGUGAUCACAAGGAAGAAAAGAGGCCUGAAAAGAUCAUACCAUGCCCAAGAUGCAAGAGCAUGGAGACCAAAUUUUGUUACUUCAAUAAUUAUAAUGUUAACCAGCCUCGUCACUUCUGUAAGGGUUGCCAGAGGUACUGGACCGCCGGUGGAGCCCUGAGGAACGUGCCCGUCGGAGCUGGUCGCCGGAAAAGUAAGCCGCCCUGUCGUGGUGUGGCCGGGUUCUUGGAGAGUUGCUUGUUUGAUGCUUCAGCUGGGGUGCACCAGUUUGACCUCGAAGGCGUUGUGGUCGAGGAGUGGCACAUGGGUGGUUUCCGGCAUGCUUUCCCGGCUAAGAGGCGGAGGAGCAGCUCAUCGGGAGGUCAAACUUGUUGAUCUUUAUCUUCUUCUUUUUAUUAAUUCUAAAUAUAUACUAGUUGAAAAAAAAAAAAAAAAAACCAGAAAUGUUGGGUAGUGGUGGUUAAGGGUGUACAUACAGGCCGGCUUUAUUUCAAUUAGAUAUUAUUAUAGUGUAAUAUAUAUAUAUAUAUAUAUAUAUGGAAUCCAAUUCAAUCAAGUGGAUGAUAAGUAUUAUCUGGUGUUGCAGUGCA